AUGUGGACCAUAAAUUUUCACAACUCGUCUUACGUAGAAUACAACAUUGUUUCAGAAAAUGAAGACCUUUCACUCAGAAGUUGGUGGUUGACCAAGUUCGUACCAUCAAUCCAUACCAUUGUGUUUUUAUUGGCUCUUCCUCUCAAUCUCAUGGCGAUCGUCAUGUUCCUGGCCAAGAUGCAGGUCAGGAAGCCGGCAGUGGUCUACAUGCUUAACCUCGCCACAGCAGAUGUCCUCUUUGUUUGCAUCCUGCCUUUCCGCAUUGUCUACCGAUUCAUGGGAAACAAUUGGCUCUUGGGGGAAUGGAUGUGUCGCUUCGUCACGUUAUCAUUUUACUGCAACAAAUACUGCUCCAUCCUGUUCAUGACAAGUAUCAGCGUGGACCGCUACCUGGCGGUAGUCUAUCCAAUACGGUCUCUUUCUUGGCGCACGGUAAACCGUGCCUGGCCGGUGUGUGGUGUCAUCUGGGUCAUUUCAUUCGCUGGCACCGUGCCUCUUCUCACACAUAGACUUACCUUCCCAAUUACUGCACUAAAUAUAACAACUUGUUUUGAUGUUCAAGACGCUAACGAGUUUGAAGGCUUUAGUUUUCACUAUUUCAUUGCUUACCGUUUAAUUUUCUUUGUCCUACCUUUGUUUAUUAUAACUUGGUGUUACAUUGGAACCAUUUGUAGUCUCUGUCAGACCAAGGUUGACCGCACCCAUUGGAGAUCCCGAGCCGUCUACUUGACCGCUGUUGUGCUUUUUGUAUUUGCCCUUUCCUUCGGCCCAACCAACGUCAUCUUUUUUGCUUACUGCUUGAAGAUGUAUAGAUACAGUGAUGACUCUCUGAACUUCACCUACAUCCUUUCAGCCAGUAUGAGUAACAUCAGGUGUUGCCUUAAUCCUAUUAUCUACUAUUAUGCAUCUUUCCAAUAUCAGACAUAUGUCUACAGUUUGCUGUGUCGGAGGAAACAAGCCAUGAACAGAAGGACUAAGGGUAUGCCAAUGUUAUCCUGA